AUGCCACAACCGAGUGGCGACCCCAUUCCUGGGCCCCUUGCCUGUGCCUCUGGCAUACACUCGCUGACCACGCCGAUCGUGCAGACGGCGACGUACACCUUCCGCGACACCGCGGAGCUGAUCGCGUACCAGGAGGGCCGGUUCGGGUCGUACGAGUACGGGCGGUACGGCAACCCCACCACGCGCGCGUGCGAGGAGAAGAUCCGCGCGCUGGAGGGCGCCGAGGACUGCCUGGUCAGCGCGUCGGGCAUGAACUCGGCCACCACAAUGCUGCUGGCGCUGGUGCCCGCGGGCGGCCACAUCGUGACCACCACCGACUGCUACCGGCGCACGCGCCAGUUCAUCGCCACGCUGCUGCCCAAAAUGGGCAUUGGCGCCACGGUCAUCGACCCCUCCGACCUGGGCGGGCUGGCCGCCGCGCUGGACGCGCACCCCGUCUCCCUCUUCUUCUCCGAGUCGCCCACCAACCCCUACCUGCGCUGCGUGGACGUGCCGGCCAUCAAGGCGCUGUGCGCGCCGCGUGGCGCGGCGGUUGUCAUCGACUCCACCAUCGCCACGCCCAUCAACCAGCGCGCGCUGGCGCUGGGCGCCGACCUGGUGCUGCACUCCGCCACCAAGUACCUGGCGGGGCACAACGACGUGCUGGCGGGGGCGCUGGCGGGCCGGGGGGACCUGGUGGCGGCGGUGCGCGCCAUGCACAACGUGCUGGGCGGGGUGAUGGACCCGCAUGCCGCCUACCUGCUCCUGCGCGGCAUGAAGACGCUGGACCUGCGCGUCGCGCGCGCCAACGCCACCGCCGCGACGCUGGCCGCGCGCCUGGAGGAGCACCCGCGCGUGGCGCGCGUGCACUACCCGGGCCUGACCUCGCACCCCGACCAUGCCAUCGCCGCGGCGCAGAUGGACGGGUUCGGGGGAAUGGUGUCCUUUGAGGUGGCGGGCGACCUGUGGGCCACCGCGCGGUUUGUGGACGCGUGCCGCCUGCCCUACAUCGCGCCCUCCAUGGGCGGCGUGGAGUCGCUGAUCGAGCAGCCCACCAUCGUGUCCUACUGGGACCAGGGGCCCGAGGAGCGUGCGCGCCUGGGCAUCCGCGACAGCCUCGUCCGCUUCUCCUGUGGCGUGGAGGCGGCCGAGGACAUCUGGGCCGACCUGGCCCAGGCCCUGGAGGCCGUGUGA